AUGUUUCGAAGGGAUAGAACUUAUGAAACAUCAACUAAAAAAAUUGGAGGAGGCAUUUUUAUUUGUAUAUCGCGGCAUUUAAAGGCUUACGCCAGGCCCGAGUGGAAUUGCCGUAGUGUUGAAAACAUAUGGCUUACUAUACCCCAUAGCUCUUUGGCAUGCAAGGAGCGGAAAAAUCUCCACAUAGGGCUUGUGUAUAUUCCUCCUGACUCUGAACAAUCAGAUAGACUCGAGACGUUUGUCUCCGCGUUUCGAAGCGUAACAGAAAGUAAUGUUGAUGACUACUUCGUAGUCGUGGGCGAUUUUAAUUUAUCAAAUAUUAACUGGUCAGCUAUAGGGCCUACUCUCUUAAAAAAAGGAUCAUCUAAAAUACAAAUCAUAUCUAAUAUUUUUUUAAAUGAAAUUAGUAAUUCAGGUUUAAAACAACAUAAUUUAAUACCAAAUAGUAGCAACAAUAUUUUAGACCUCAUUUUUAGUAACAUUACUCUCGAUUGCGUUAAAGCAGAUUCAGAAAUGGUUAAGGCAGAUACUCACCACCCCUGUCUAAAAAUAGAUGUCAGUGACUUAGUUCUCAGCAAAUUACACCCAAAACCACAAAUUAGACAUAAUUUCUAUCGUGCUAACUAUGCGGAAGUUAAUAAAGCUUUGUCGCAAGUUGAUUGGGCUACUAUUCUAGUAGGGGAAACAAUGGAUGAGGUAACAGAUAAUUUCUAUAAUGUUUUAAAUAAAAUAGUUGUGACUACCGUUCCUAAAACGAGAGAUAAUAGUAGUAAUAGGUUUCCUACCUGGUACUCACGCUCUCUAAUUCAUAUAAUAAAGAAUAAAUUAAAAGCCCACAGACGUUGGAUAACAUUCAAAAACCCAAGAGACUACGACGAAUUUUCUUUGUUACGUGCUAGACAAAAACUUGUUGCUAGAAAAUGUCUCGCGACCUACGAACAGAAUGUGCAACAAAAUAUAAUUAAAGAUCCCAAAGCCCUGUGGUCAUAUUUACGUAAUAAGAGAAAUUGUAAUUCCAGCUAUCCUAGUACGCUUACGCUUGGAGAUGAAGUCUUUAAUUCAGAAUCAGAUGCUUGCGAAGGAUUCAAUAAAUUUUUCUACAGCGUCUUUCAGCCCCCAGAUCUUCAUUACGAUUUACCGCAACUUCCUGAGUCAGAUGAAACUUACACUCAAGUAACACUAUCUGAAAUUGAAGUCUUUAAGGAAUUAAAAGCCUUAAAUAUUACAAAAGGUCCAGGUAGUGAUGGAAUACCUGCAGUCUUUCUUCAACGAUGCUCAGUAUGGACAAAGGGGAGCAAGUAG